CUCAGUAUUUUUUAUUAGCACUUUAACUUUAUAACUACUUCAUAAUGGCCCUUGGUUCUGAUAUUGCCGCCGGAUUUGGCGCUGCUACCUCUGCCGUUGGCGCUGCUGCCGAUGGAGCCGAGUCUGUCUUCAAAGUCGCAACCUCUGGAGCAGUCUCAGUUGCAGAAAACGUUGCUACCAAGGCUACCUCUGCCUUUGGUGUUGCUACCUCGGGUGCUGAUUCUCUUGGUCACGAUAUCGCUUCGAAGGCCACCUCUGUUGGUGGUAAGGUAACUUCUGGCGCUGUUUCUCUUGGUGAAGGAGUCGCUAGCAAGGCCACAUCUCUUGCCGGUGAUGCCAAGUCAGAUGCUAAGUCAUUGACUAGUAAGGUUGCUAGUGAUGCUACUAAGGCAUUGUCUAGUGCUACAAGCAAGGCUUCUGGUUCAGUCACAGAUAAAACUGCCAGUGAAACUUCUGCUAGUGAAACCUCUGCCUCUGAAACCUCCAGCACAACCACUAACGGUGCUAACGAAGUCUCCUGGAAGAAGUCAAGCGCCGUAUUCGGAGUCGUAGGCUUGUCUUUCUUGCUCAGUCUCUUUUGAGCCGACGGUGCGACAUUUUGCAGCCCAAGUCGGCUGCUCCUACAAAAUGUCUCUGGAUUUUGUUCAUGUUAUGUUUAUUAUGUGUAGAUUAGAAAUAUAAAAGUUGUUAUG